UGGCGCGAAAAACCUCCGACGAAUUGAUCAUCGAAAUGUCUUCUACAAAGGGAUAAAAACAUCCUUCGAAAAGUAUCCAGGUCGCAGGGGUUCCUAAUCCGAGGCGCAAAAUGAGCGAACCAGUUCCUGGUAAACCGAAAGGUAGGAAGAAACUCGACUCAAUCAUCUCCAAGCUGCGACUGAAGCCUGCAGAAGCCUGUGACUCCGAGGAAGAAAGCGGCCCUGUGCAAUCAAAGGGCGGCUUGGAGGAAGUGAUUGACAGUGGUGGAGAAGCACUUGAUAGUGGGGAGGAGCUUAAUAUAAGACGCAGGUCUAAAAGAAAAUCUGGAAAAACCGUCCACUAUCAAAGACUUGUGAUAAAUGAUGAUGAUGAUGAUGAUGAUGAUGGUGUGGAAGCACAUGCUUUAGAUGACCUCCCACCGCCAGAACUACCACUGGAAGAUGCUGGUUCGAUCGAGGACACCAAUAUCACUGCCGAGGAGGUGCCUCCCUAUGACAACAUUGCUGACCUUUUGAGUGAUGGCCCCAGGCUGGUUGAAGAAGAGGAGACUGUGGUUCUCAUAGUCCCUCCAGAAAGCAUAAAAGUCCAAGCCGCAGCGGUAGAGGGUGAUGAGUUAAGGGAUUUAUCAGAGAUUGAAGAAGAACAUGAGGAACACAAGCCGAAGAAGGAGAAGAGAGAUAAAAAGAAGAAAGACAAGAAAAAGAAGAAAGAAUACUCUGAGGAGCAAGUAGAGGGUGCAGCAUCUGCUGCAGAAAGCAAUGAAGAAGGUGAGAAAGAGAAAGAAAAGAAAAAAAGCAAAAAGAAGAAAAAGGUGGCUGACUCUGAUGUAUCCAUGGACGAGGAUGGUCUCCCCAAACGAGUAACAUGUACAGCAUGUGGGCGGCAUAUUAACCCGUCACAUGGCAAGAUUCUACGUCACCCAACCCUUAAUGUACUGGUUUGUAAGAAAUGCAACCAGUACUACAACUCUGGUCCAUUCACUCGUGAUGAGUAUGGGAUUGAGGAGCAGUGUCGCUGGUGUGGCGAUGGAGGAGCUCUCAUAUGUUGUGAUAAAUGUGAGAAGGCGUUUUGUCAGCCUUGCAUUAAGCGGAACUGCGGUAAAGCCUACCUUAAGGAGGUUAUGAAUGCCCCAGACGACUACCACUGGAAUUGUUUCUCCUGUAAGCUAAAUAACCCACUUCCUGCUGUUGCCCAGCUCCAAAAGCGAUGUAACUAUGUUAUGGAUAUUCUUGAUAGUUUGAGGUCAAGGAAAGCCCCAUUUAAGAGCAAGAUAGGCCAGCCAAAUGUCAUAAGUGGACCAACCCCGCUUGAAAGAAGGAGCCAGUUGAAUACAUUGAGCGGCACUCUUGGAAUUAAAGUCGAAGGGUGGUUGUCAUCCCCUGAAAAGAGCCCAACAAAAAAAGAGUUCUCAAAAGUGGUUGAACCACCACCAUUGUUAUUUGAUGAUUCGGAGGCUGGUCCAAGUAAUGCAAAGCAGGAUGAGAAAGGUAAGGAGAAAAAAGCUGAUAAAAGAAGUGAUGAACCUCAGGAUAAAGAGGACAAAACAACAGGCAAUGAGAAGGAAAGGCCUGGUCGCAUGAUUGUCAGGUUGGAUGAGGUUUCUUGCAAGACUAAGAAACAAAAAGAACAGGACACUAAUGGAAAAAGCAGUGAUGAGGAUGGAGAAGGUAUUGAUGAACCAAAUUUGCUUGAGAGAAUCAGUGAGAUGUCAAGAACUGAGGAGGGAAAGUUGUCAGAGAGGACAGAAAAUGAGGGUAAGAUAAGUGAAGGUGAGGAGAAAAAUGAGGGUGCAGGUUCAUCAACAAUUAAGACGAGCAGGAUGCUUCGCUCUAAGAGCAAGGUUAUCAGUGAAAUUACUAAGGAGGCAGGUAGUGACUCUGGGUCAAGCAGUAGCAGAAAAGAGACUAGAAGAUCAAAGAAGAAAAAUAAUGAGUCAAGAUCCUCUGAUACAAAGGAGGUCAGUCGGCAUGGGAAAACAGACAAAAAGAACAAUGAUAAAAAAGAUGAUGAAUCGUCUAGGAAAGAUAAAGUACAAGAAGAAGAUGAUGAUGUUGACGAUGACCAACCAAAUGAAAUGGUAAAGCAAGAGUCUGGGCUUGAUUCUAAGGAUGAGUCGGAGGAAGUGGAAGAGAGGAGAACAACAAGAAGUGGCAAAACAAAUAGGAGUGGCAAAGAUAGUCAAAGCAAGCUCACGACUCAAAGCAGUGCUAAGGAGAACACGGAGGAGGUGAGUAAAAGCAGCAAAAAGCAAGAAGUUAUUAUUCUUGAUGAUGAUUAUUCUUCAAGUGAAGAGCCAGUUACAAAGAGAAAAACCAGAAGUGAGAGAAAAAGAAAUGAACUGGUCAAAAAAGAAGUAUUAAGCGGGAAUGAUAGUGAAUCAUCUUUGGAAAAGCAAAACAAAAAAGGAACCCAAAAGGGUAAAAAAGGAAAACAAGCAAAAACUUCCCCUGAAAGUGACAGUUCAGAGAGUUCAGAUGAUGAAAAUAGAAUCUCCACUCUGAAAGUUCGGUUUGGAUUUGCAAAAGGUGCUCGAUCUUCAAGAUCUAAACAUUCUAAUUCUGAUUCUACAUCAAAGAACAGAAAGAAACCAGUUAAGAUGGAGAAAGUCAGUGAGAAUGAUGAGUCAGACAGUGAUUUGGUUUCCAAAAAACAAUCAGGGAAAUAUUUAUCUAAAAACAAGAAGACAACUCCACUGAAUACUAAGUAUGACAGCAAAAGUGAGUCAGGGGACAGUGAUUUUGUUUCAAAGAAACAGUCAAAGAAAAAUGCUACUUCUAAGAACAAUAAUAAGACUCCUGUAAAACCUGAGGGAAGUAGUGGAAGUGAAGAGUCUGAUAGUAAUUCUAAAACUAAGCCUUCAAAUAAGAAAUCUUCUGUAAAAAAGAACAAAAAGAUGGAACAGUCAGAGUCAGAAGAAAGCAGUGAUAGUGGUCCCAAGAGGAGGAAAGGAAACUCACAGAAACGGAUGGUCAACCAGAAAAGCACAAGAAAAAGACCUAGACCUGCUAGCAGUGAUUCAUCUUCAGCUGAAUCGCCUGAACAGUCAUCAGAAGAAUCUUCUGAGUCGAGUGAAGAAGAGAGUGCAAGGAAACAGAGGCUACGAAGAAGACAAAGACUUGAGGAUUCAGACGACUCAGAUGGCGAAGAUACAAAAACAAAGAAGUCCAAAAUUCAAAAACAAAAGAAAACACCCAAACGGAGACGGACAAGGGCAAAUAAGGGCAAAAGCUCCUCGGAGGAGCCAAGUGAGUCAGAGAGUGAAGAGAGCUCUGAUGAUUCAGAGGUAAAAAAGAGACCUAAACGAAACGCAAAGAGGAACCAGAAAAAGGGGAAGAUGGCAAAGGGAAAAAGAAAGCGCGUGAAAGAAAUGUCGGAAUCUGAGGAUGAAAACGAGGAAGAACCAGACACUCCGUCAAAAUCUAAAGGUAGACGGAAGAUCAGGAAGCUUCUUACAGAUGAAAAGCUAGGGGAAGAGACCAAGAAAGCAAGACGACUUGAGGAAGAGAGGCGCCAGAGACUGCUCGAGAGGACACAAAAUCUUUCUGAAGACAUGCCAAAUAUGGACUGGAAGGUUGACUCCUUGGUACUGGAGUCUGACCCGGAAACCAAGGAGCCUAUCGUGGAGGUGAAUAAGCACAUUGUCAAGUACCUAAAGCCCCAUCAGUGCAAGGGGGUGCAGUUCAUGUACGACUGCUUGGUGGAGUCCGUGAAAGCAUAUAAGAAGGGUGAGCCCGGCAGUGGCUGCAUCCUUGCUCACUGCAUGGGACUCGGGAAAACUCUGCAGGUGGUGACCCUUGUUCACACGCUGUUCAACAAUAAGGAACUGGAGUUCACCACUGCAUUAGUUGUGGCACCACUUAACACCCUUCUCAACUGGCAGGUGGAGUUUGAGAAAUGGCUAAGUGUGGAUGACAGGAUGGAGGUUUAUGUGCUCCAGGAGGUGGGACAUAACAGCUGGCGGCGCGCUGACAUGCUAACCCAAUGGCAGAGAUAUGGUGGUAUUAUGAUCAUGGGGUACGACAUGUAUCGCAACCUCUCCCUCUGUAACAACGUACGCAGCAAGAAGGUCAAGAAGAUCUUCAAAGAGACUCUAGUGGAUCCAGGUCCUGAUAUUGUGAUAUGUGAUGAAGGGCACAUAUUAAAGAAUGACGCGUCUGCCAUCUCUAGGGCUCUAAAUGCCAUUAAGACAAGAAGACGAGUUGUACUGACUGGGACACCAUUGCAGAACAACCUCAUUGAAUAUCACUGCAUGGUGAGCUUCGUCAAGCCGAGCCUGCUCGGAACAAGAAAAGAGUUCAUGAAUACGUUUGGCAACCCCAUUCAAAAUGGCCAGUGUGCAGACUCAACCCCCAGUGAUUUCAGAAUCAUGAAGCAGAGGUGUCAUGUGCUAUUCAAGAUGCUGGAGGGAUGUGUUCAGAGGCGGGAUUAUUCGGUGUUAACACCGUUCUUGCCGGCUAAGCAUGAGUAUGUUAUCAAAGUAAGACUGAGUGAGGCCCAACGGAAGUUGUAUGAGCACUACCUCAAAACGUUUGUCUUCCCAGAGGGGGAUGUUACAAAGAGAGGUGUGGGUCUUUUCUCUGAUUACCAAGCUCUAAUGCGUAUAUGGACGCAUCCAUGGUGCCUGAAGCUGGAGGCCAUUCGGCGGUCAAUGCGUAUGACAUAUGAUGACUCGGACGACAGUCUUGAUGGCUUUGUUGUACACACGGAUGAGGAGAGUGAGUCGACUGCAGAGAGUGAGUCUGAGGAGGACACGGAUGCUAACAAGGGCAGAGGGAAGAGUAGAAGGAAAGAGAUUGACACGAGUUCUGAGGAGGAGCAAUCCGAUGAGGAUGAAAGCAGUAGUGGAGAUGAAGUGAUCCCUGAGAAAAGGGCGUCUGGUACGGCACGCAAAACUCGUAACAGCCUCCAGACCACACGCUCUUCCAAGCCUAGUAAGGUCGAGAUUGACGGGGAGGAUGUGGUAGAGGUGGAUGCAAAGCCUGGGCCGAGUGGCGUUGAGUUAAAUGGCGACCCAGCUCUCGGAAACACGCGUUCAGGCCAGAACUUCAAGGACGACGAGGUUGAAGCAGAAACGGAAUGGUAUGAUGAGUUCCUGACACAAGAGGCUGAGUAUAACGUCGAGCUGAGUGGCAAGCUCGUCCUCCUGCUAGAGAUCCUGGCAGAUGCAGAGGCUGUCGAGGAGAAAGUCCUGGUCUUCAGCCAAAGCCUGGUUUCCCUUGAUCUUAUUGAGCGUGCCUUAGGGGGCGGAGAAGUGGGCGGUGACCGUGAGAACUGGUGCAAAGGGUGUGACUACUUCCGUAUGGAUGGCUCUACAAGUGUCCAGUUAAGACAGAGAUGGGCAGACAUUUUUAACGACCCUGACAACAAGACUGCACGUCUGUUCCUGAUCUCGACCAAGGCAGGAGGACUGGGCAUCAAUCUAGUUGCUGCUAACCGAGUGAUAGUGUUUGAUGCAUCCUGGAAUCCUUCACACGAUGUCCAAUCCAUAUUCAGGGUGUACAGAUUCGGGCAGACGAAGGCUGUCUACGUAUACAGGUUUCUCUCACAGGGUACAAUGGAGGAGCGUGUGUACGACAGACAGGUGGCCAAGCUGUCGAUCUCCGAGCGCGUGGUCGACAAGCAUCAGAUAGAGCGCCACUUCACAGCUGCUGACCUUGCUGAGUUGUACAAGUUCGACCCCGACGUGCUGGAUGAGACAAAGAACAAAGAGGACAUCCCUAGCCUGCCCCUACCCAAGGACGCCAUCUUAGCAGACCUCAUUAAUAGGAUGCACCCACAGUGGAUCGUAAAGUACCACGAGCAUGACUCAUUGCUGCGGAACAUUGAGGAGGAGGAGCUUACUGAAGAGGAAAUGAAGAUUGCCUGGAAGGCCUACCAGGACGAGAAGGAAGCUGCCAACAACCCCGCAUAUGCAAGACAGCUGGAAUACGAACGAUACCAAGAACAACAACGACUGUACCAACAACAAGCCCAACAGAUAGCUCAACAGCAGCCAGGCAGCUCGAGACAAGUCCCGUUAGACCCAGUGGUCUUGCAACAGAUCCAAAGAAUACAACAGCAGCAGGCUGACAGACAACGACGCUUCCAAGAGGAGAUGCAGCGCAUUUCACAAGAAAGACAACGAUUCUUACAGCAGCAAUCCAGUCUGCAAGAUCAGCAGUUCUCCUGGCAGCAACAACAGCUUCGCCAACUAGAGCAGCAGAUGCCAAGAGGGCCAGCCGAUGCAGCACGGACAGAACAGAUGAGGCGUCAAAUUUUGGACAGAAUGGGCACCCAUGUUCCCGUCCAUGCCCCGCCUCAGGUCGCAACAGGGGCAGCCUCUCAACAUCCGAUGGUGAGAUUUAUCUCACAACAACAGGCACAGAAUUUGGUAGGCACUGGAACACCGGGAACAAGGCUUAUUGGAGUGAAUGCACCCACACCACAGGCCAACGGUCCUAGUUUGCAUAGCAUCGGAAGCCAGGGAAGGUCGAUAAUCCCUCAGACCAAUGGAAUGCGUCCAGUUUCACGCCCAUAGUUAUGAAAGGAGGGGAGGCUGAUUUGCUGAUAUGGAAAUGACAUUCAGCUACUUUAGCCAGACAAGUAUCAGAUGAGAUAGAGCUGUUAUAGCCAGUAUCAAAAAGACGUUUAUUGGCAUUGUGCUACUCACACGUUGACUGAUCACACAAUAAAGAACCCUAAUAAAGCAUUGAUGCCUAGUGUGAAGUAGACAUAAGCCAACCGAGAACUGUAAAGUGAACCAUACACUGACACCAGGCUGGCAGGAGAUGCACUGUUCCUGUUAACACCACCUAGGCAGUGACACAGGCUUAUUGGAGAUGCACUGUUCCUGUUAACACCACCUAGGCAUUGACACAGGCUUAUUGGAGAUGCACUGUUCCUGUUAACACCACCUAGGCAGUGACACAGGCUUAUUGGAGAUGCACUGUUCCUGUUAACACCACCUAGGCAUUGACACAGGCUUAUUGGAGAUGCACUGUUCCUGUUAACACCACCUAGGCAGUGACACAGGUUUAUUGGAGAUGCACUGUCCGUUUUAACACCACCUAGGCAUUGACACAGGCUUAAUGUUUAUUGGAGUUGCACUGUCCGUUUUAACACCACCAAGGCAGUGACACAGGUUUAUUGGAGUUGCACUGUCCGUUUUAACGCCACCAAGGCAGCGACACAGGUUGAUUGGAGUUGCACUGUCCGUUUUAACACCACCUAGGCAUUGACACAGGUUUAUUGGAGUUGCACUGUCCGUUUUAACACCACCAAGGCAGCGACAAAGUUUGAUUGGAGUUGCACUGUCCGUUUUAACACCACCUAGGCAGUGACACAGGUUUAUUGGAGUUGCACUUCCUUGUCUUGGUCAUCCUGUAGCUAAUUUUGGUCCCAUUGUUUGGCUAGUGUUGCUUCCAAUUGGGAGGUCUCUGGUGUUAUGGUGUCUAAGAAAAAAGACUGUUGUGUCAUCCUAGCUAAAUACCAAGUGUGAGAAAGCAUCUUAUUCCCAUCUGCUGAUAAAGAGAUUUUUUUAGAUAUUUGUAUAUAUGUACCAAAGGACUGGCUCCAUUAGAAAUUUAAAACAAAGUAAUAUAAUUUUGCUCAUAGAAGACUAAUAUGUAUUCGUCUUAAAAAUAAAUUACCUUCAAAUGCAAAGUCAACUGACCAUUUCAUGUAUAUUUUUCUUCAAUCGAUAGGAUUCUUCGACACAGCACAACCUGUGUAAUUGUUAUCACAGGCUUGGCCACAUCUUAGUGUGACCCCUAGUCAGUAGUUUUCUGCAUAGUAAAUACUCAUUUAUAUAGCAAAAUCUUAGUUAUAUUUACAUUCUAUAUCAGAGCUGUAGCAGGGGCUGGCAUGUGCCCCCCCCCCCCCCCCCAAUAUCUUUAAAAAAAUAAUAGGAAAUGUUUCUGUAUUGUGCCCUCCCCCCCCCCCCCCCACAAUAUCUCAAAGCCUGUUACUGCACUGUAUAUCCUAAUAUAUGACAUCCUAGUUAAAGUGCCAGUUAAUCAUAUGUAGACAUUUAUAUAGAGUAUUUUUCGUUCAUUAUAAACCUGCCAGUUAAUCAUAUGUAGACAUUUAUAUAGAGUAUUUUUCGUUCAUUAUAAACCUAUCUGUAUCCAUAUGGAUAAUCAACAGUGUUACUUUGAAGUUAAGCAAAUAAAAAAAAGUUUAUCACA